UGAUAUUUUCCGAUUCUGAAGAGAUGCCUCACAUUCUGCGAAGACAGUGAUAAUGAGUGGACAUAUAUAUUUCUGCCAUUUGCUUAUGGUGUACAUGUUAUUAACAUUUGCUGCAACUGCAUUAAAUCCAGACUGUCCUGAAGGGCAGUAUCACGUAAUAGGAAAAUGCCGAAAUUGCAGUUUAGUAUGUGAAAGCCCCAAAGUGCCACCCAAGUGCAAGAGUAUUUGCAAAGAUCCAGACUGUCCUGAAGGGCAGUAUCACGUAAUAGGAAAAUGCCGAAAUUGCAGUUUAGUAUGUGAAAGCCCCAAAGUGCCACCCAAGUGCAAGAGUAUUUGCAAAGGUUGGAACGAAAUUCAGGCCACGCCAAUGGUAGACCUCAUGCAGCAAGAUCAAGGUCAACCUGACAUCAAGGAAGGUGUCAAAGCUCUGGCCAAACCAACUGAGACAUCCAUCAGUACCAGUACUGAAAUAGGACUUGGAACUGGCUUAGGAUUUGGAAUUCCGCUAAUUGGUAUGCUGGUGCUGGGAGUUGUCCUGUACAGGAGAAAGAUGCAACGUCAGCUGGCCAAUAAUGCAGGACAUGAUGAGGAGGCAGUGCAUGGAAAUGGUUUGGAGCUACAGGCCCUAGGUGAGGAAGGCCAGGAGGAAAACCGGGGGCCAAUUCAAGAGGAGGCAGAGGAGGAUGCAAUCCUGAUGCAACAAGCUGAUGAGUAAAAGGUUGAAUUGAAAUGACAUUUUGUUCAACUGACUUUGUUUCCGGCGGGAAAUCCUGCCAUAAAAGGUUAUUGGGUUUCAAUUUGAAAAUGCUGACAAAAAAAGGAGCAACAUACUUAGUAUGGUAAUCCUUGGUUAACGAGGGGUGGCAGAGAGCCAUAUCUUUCUCUCAAGGUAUCCUUUUGUUUCGUGUCUCAGGAGGGGGAGGGAGGGAUCAAUGGCGAGACUAAAUGAUUUUUCAUUUUUCAUCAGAUAUACAGCAGUAUGCAAUGUUUUUACUUUGACUUUGACCAAUAUACUGCAGUUUUGAUAUAGCUGGUCUUUAAGGACAGCUCUGUCUGAAGCUGAUUAAAUUCAUAUGCAUCGACAUGGCCAGGAAAUAAAUAUGUGUUAUAUUCCCUUCCAAAACAUUGAAUAUAACACCAAGUUUAUAGUUGAUCCUGGACUGUACAGGAUUGCAUGAGCCGUUAUUGAGAAAUACCAGAAAGGCCAAGAUUUGUAGUGUAUAUAUAUUUUAUGUAUAUAGUGUAUGUAGUGUGGCAGUUUUAGUUGACACUUGAGUGUCAACUAAAACUGCAACACUGCCUUAUGCAGUGAUCAUUACAAUUUGAAGAAACAAGUCUGUCUCAGAUCUGAGUUGUUGCUUUAAAUUGUAAAUAUAAAACAUUCAAGUUGGUCAGAGUAAAAACAUUGAACAACCUGUGAAUCUAGUUAAGAAUGACCAUAUACAUAUUUAGUGUAGUCAGUGGUGGUGGGCUUGGAUUAUUUUAGCAGUUCAAUUUAUGUUAGGCAAGACAAGAGAAUUCCACACUCAAUGAACAAUUUCAUCAUUGAUAGUUUCUACCUGGCAUGUCUGCGAUGAACUGUACUGUUAACACAAAUCUGUUAUCACUUGAAAGGAAACCUAUCACGAAACACCUCUAAAAAUUGGGAGUUUUGAAUGGCCCAUUAAAACCUAAGGCGAGAAUAAGCUUCCAUUGAAAAAUUUAGCAGUUUCAAGUUCCCUCAGGUAGUUGAUUAUGUGAGCUGGGCAUAUGGGUAACAUUGCAUCUAGCACUGUAUAACAUUACUGGUUUCAGUCAAUUAUUUACAUUAGACGCUGUUUGAGGUUAUCACCAGUUAGCUAGUCUAAAUUAAGUUUUCAUGCCACGAUUAGAUCUCUUUAAAGGUUCACCGCUACUUGCGUUGUGUACAUUGUAGAUAAGUUAAUGGGGAUUUCCUAAUUUAGUUGUUUUCUUGGGGAAUCCUCAGGGUAAAUUCGACUGGAAAGUUCCUUGCUGAGACCAAAUUCUGGCCCAUGAUGUCAAACUUUGAUCAGACACAGGCCAAGCUAAUGACUCAUAGUUCUGUUUAUACUGCAUACAUGUAAAUCAGCACUAGAGAGUUGUACUUAUUUCUACCUAUUCGCCUAUAUCUUAGGAUAUGUCAUUUCAAAAUUGUAUCGCAAGUUUAUCUGAGCUUUGUCAAUGAAAAUGGGACACCCAUUGUAUUUGUACAGUAAUUGUAAUACUCUGUCAAUGAAUGUACAGCAGAACCUCUCUAUUAAGUACACCCUUGGGACUGACAAGUGCUGUCCUUAAUAGAGAGGUGUCCUUUUUAGAGAGGUCAAAUUGAACGGAAACAACCAAUUUGGGACCAAAACGAGUGUCCUUAAUAGAGAGGUGUCCGCUAAAGGAGGUUCCACUGUACUUUCCAACUGUGAUUCAUGGAUGGAAUUCCCUAGGGCCACUUUGCAUGGGAAACACCCUUUUUUGAACAUGGUAAUUACCAUUCAUUGUCACAGCAUUCCUUUGUUUUUAAACAUGGCUAACAAAAGCAGUCCAAGCCUAUGGUUUUGUCAUACUGCAAAUCAGAUGAGCGUGUCCUCUUCUGCAGACAAAGGACACAGCUAGGGCAGGCAGACAGGCAACACACCCAGCAGUACUCUGUCCAAUCUUAAGUGCACAUCAAGGUACACAUUUGCCACCAUGAGGGACGUGCUGUGCUGUCUGCUCUGGCAAAAUCUGAGAUGCCAGCAAGGAAUCACAACAGAACCUUAGAUACAAGUGUACUGUCUUUUGUUUCAAAUGCUGUUGUAGAAUUCCUCUUUUAAUUUGUCAAUAAAAGGAAUGCUUUCUUGCCACAAAAUGUUUUUGUCAUAAAUGUUAUGCCUUUCCUGAUUUCAUUUCAAAACUCCACUCACUGAUGAUAAAAGAAGGUACAUGUAGAGGACAAGAGGUUUAAAAAGAAAGAGCUAGGGGAUAACUUUGGAGGCCUGCUGGUAAGGC